AUGAUUCAAUGUGAUAUUUUAUAUCUUAUUUUCGAAAAUUUAUCUGAUGAUAACGGUACAUUAGCAAAUUGCAUCUAUGUUUGCCGUGGUUGGGCAGAUAUUGCUGUUAAAAUAUUAUAUCGAGAUCCAUUUAAAAAUAUUAUCGAACUUGAGAAUCAGAUUCUUAUCAUACGGUUAUUUGAACGUUCUUUUACCGAUAGAUUAACGUAUGAUUAUGUGUCAUUUCUAAAAUAUAUUAGGAUAACAAAUUUAACUGACUGGAUUAGUAAUGUUGAAUGGAAUUUAAACUGGUCUGAUGGAAGGAAAGUUGAUACUUUUAGAGCUCAUACUUCCAGGGUGUUUACUUUACUUAAAAAUAUUUUUAAAAGAUGUGGAACUUUAAAAUAUCUGGGAUAUUGUAGUCUUCUCACCGAAAUUCAUCUAUUGGAAAAUGAUAUGUUAAGAUGUAUUGAUAAAAAAACUAUAAUCGAGAUAGAACCUCGACAUUUAAAAAAUGUAACUUUUAGUCGUGGUAUUACACUAGACAGUUUCAAGAUAAUGGAUACUAAAUCAAUGACCAAGUUGAAUAGGUUUACGAACUUACAAAAACUAGUUAUCAUAACUAGAAAUGAGAAUAUUCCAUAUUCUAUUUUAGAUUGCUCUGCUGAGGAUAUCGACAUCACAUUUACGAAUGAAAUUAAAUUUCAUUGGUUAUUAUAUAUAACAAAGAAUUUAAAUUUAAAGAAUAAGAAAAGUAUUCAUAUCACAAAUCUUAAUAUACCAAAACUAUAUGUUAAACAUUAUCACACUAGAGAUUCAAAUUUUAUAUUUAAUCGUUUAAGAUCCACCGCUCCUGAAGAUCUUGAUCAUAAAUCAAUUACCUAUACGAAUGUUAUUACUUAUUUUAAACGAAAGUUUACAAUUACUUGUGAUAAUAGUGAGGGGCGUUUGUUAUAUUCAUUAUAUUUUUAUAAUCCAAAUGGUUUUUUUGUGUCUAUGAUUGACAUAUCGGAUAUACAUGAUUUACCAGAAUACUGUGAAAAAUAUAAAAUUUGA